AUGAAUUCCGCAGCGUCAAUUGAAAAUUGCGAAGAACCCCUGAUAGAGCCUAUACAAUGGUGAGCAUUUGAACCGUUUUCUGCUGUUUCGAGUCCUUUGGUUUCAGGGUUUUCUCACUGUUGGAGACAAUUCUUUCUCUUGGAGGAAUCGUGCUGAACAUAGUCGUGACCCUCGUUACGCACAACGCCGUCCCGAUGCCCUACUCACAAAGAAGAAUGCUGGUUUAUAGCUCUUCACUUUUUUCUCUGAAUUUCCAACAAAGGUGUUUUUUUUUUCAGGCUUCAAUUGCUGCAAACUAUGCACUUCUAACAGGAUUCCAGCUGACGCGGAACUUUUUUCUUUUCUUUGCAGUUCAAAAACCUUGUCUAAGUCAAGUUUGCAAGCUUUUCGCUUGGUUUUUAAUUUCUAUUUUUUCAUUUUCAGGUGACAACAGUUUCAUGCAAGUUUCAAGAUUUCCCGCUCUUAUUCUGUUACAUUCACUGCGCCACAGCUACAUUUUUGUUGACUCUGCAUUCUCUAUUUUUGAGAAAGUCAGCAAGUUGAUUUUUACACCUUAGAAGUUGUUUUUCCAGAUCCCCAAAGGACAAGAAAAGAAUAACCUGCUCAGAAUCAUGUUCGGUUUGGCAGAGCGUUGUCAUAGCUUUUUGUUUGGCUGUAACUUUGAUUUUCACGGCCUUCGAUGAAGAUGAAGACAAUACCGCUAUGCUGAAGGUUGGAACCCAAAUCGCUUAAUUUUCUUUGGAUUGAACUGUUUUAAAAUGGGGUGAGCAUGGAAGUUUUAUUUUAAAAUUACUGAAGUUUUUGCUCGACUGCUCAAAAUUUUCUGUUUCAAAUAUUUAAUUCAAUAUCAUGUAUAUAUAUUUCUUAAAAUUGUAGUAAAUGUUGAAUCUGAGUUCAUGAGCCAAGAAUUAAUAGACCAGAACUUUUAGAGAAUCGAAUAGUUUUUGAGAAACAGUUUGCUCCAAAAAUUAUAGAAAUUUGCUGAUUCAGCUGUGAGCAACCAAAAAUAUGAAGACAUUUCAUUUUCGAAAAUGACCUUUGCAGUUGCAACCCUGCAAAAAAAAUGAAUGAAUGUAAUUUUCAGUGCUCCGUUUUAUUGGCCGUGAAAAACUCGACGCUGACUUUUUGGCUGCUGACACUUUUGAUAAUUCUGCAUUCUGCUUCGUUUAUAUUCAUUAUGAUUUCCUCACAUCAACAAGACGAGAAGUUCAGAGAAUCAUUUUUGGGAGGAAAAUAUGUUUCAUUCCAGCAAAACUUGGGUCGCCUUUACCAUUUUUUCAAUGAAAGAGCUCUUGAAAGUGGAAACGAUUACGUGGCAAAUGUCGCUCUUCUUUUCAGGCUGUGUCGUCUUGUAUCGGCACGUCUUGAGAGACACCUGCGAAGAGGUUUUUCUUUCUGAGUACCUUCAAACGAUAAUUUAAACCUGAUCAAAUGAGAAAUAUGAAGUUUUCAGUGCUCUUACAUGGUCCUUGAAGUGGCGUUUGUGAUCGUACCACUUAUCAUUGCCCUGGCUCAUCCUUUAUUAUUGAUUUGGUGAGCACCUGAUAACAUUCGAAAGCCAAUGUUUAGUCAAGGUAUGUGCUCCCGAUGAGAGACGCGGCCACCCGGACGUUUCCGAUAAUGUUGAACGUCCUUCCAGAGUACACUUUGGUACCGCCUCAAGUCCCAUCGGCCAGCACUUCAAUAAGUAUGGAACAGACAAAGAAUAUUUAACAUUUUCUUGGAAUUUAAACUGUAAAAAGAACCGAAUUUUCAACAUUAACGCACUAUUUUUUCUCAUCCUGAAGACACCUCUUUUGUUGUUAGAAAACUUUCCUGAAUCAACCAGGAAUUAAUAAAAAAUUAAUCGAAAAGACGUUUUUUUUUCGAACCACUGAGGUAAUUUUUAUUGUUCCAAACUGAUGAAAGAUGUGCGAAAUUUGAUUGAAUUGCCAUAGUUAAUUCAAAAAUUAUGACUACGAUUGAAAUUCCAGCAAUCGCAGUGAGUCCUCGAACAGAAGAAACGAUGAGUUAUGACGACCUCCGUGGGAAGGACGAAAGCACCAAAAGCGGUUCCAAAAGCUCAAAAAGCCCUCCGUCAGACGCGGAAGUUCCCGAAUGUCUAUAA